CGGCUGCUCAUUCUAGAGAUGGAUUUGCCAUUUGACAUUAACCAAAGAUUCGUAUACGAAUCGAUCGUAAUUGCUCAAUUUCUUCAUUUGAUAUUGAGUGCUGAGGCAAUCGGUUUACUGAAUGCCCUCCUUAUAAAUCUGAUACUGCAUAUAGGCGGUCAAAUCGAUAUUCUUCGUGAGAGUUUGAUAGAAUUUUUUCCGAAGAAAGGAAAGCGCAGUCCGAGUCAUUUUACGGUAAGAAAAGUAAUCCAGGAACAUCAGAAAAUCAUCGUCUUCUCAGAGCACAUCGAAGACCUGUAUUCGUUUAUUGCGAUGGUGCUGUUCGUAUCGGAUACCCUGAUUAUCUGCUGCUUAGGUUUUACUAUUGUCUCGUCGAUCGGUCAACCUGAUGCUACAAAAAAUAUAAUUAGGCUUGUCUUAUUUUAUCUCGUUAUGAAUAUGGAGGCAUUCGUAUUUUGUUUCGCUGGAGAAUACUUGAGUUCUAAGAGCAAAAGUAUCGGAGAUGCUGCCUACGAUUCCCUCUGGUACGAAUCAGAUUCCAGAGACAGUCGAAUUAUAUUGUUCUUGAUAAUGAGGUCGCAAAAUCAAUUAACCAUUACAAUUGGAAAGAUAAUGAAUUUAUCUUUGGGGCGAUUUAAUAGAAUUAUCAGAGCUUCAGCGUCCUACAUAUCGGUCCUACUUGCAAUGUAG